GAAAUUAACGCUAUAAAACGAGCUUUCCGAUCAUUUUAUUCAAACAUUUCUUCAAGCUACUUAUUGCGAACUGGUAAUGAAUUGUUGCUGAAAAGAUAUAAGUCACAUAAGCCUUUUUCCCUUGGAUUUCAAGACCGAAUCAAAAUGUGCGGGAUGGAAGGAAAUACGUUAGCGAAAGACUUCCACAAGCUCAUGAAAAGCAUCGCGAGCUUUUCAAACAAGCAAGCUGAGGUUUGCCACUACGAAGAAAAUCUCGAAUCAUUUAAAGUCGAGAUAGUUCCAAACGAUGGUCUUUACUGUGGUGGAAAAUUCGACUUUCAAGUAACUCUCCAAAAUUAUCCAAAGGAUGCACCGAAUGUCACAUGCGUGACACAAAUUUAUCAUCCAAACAUAGACGAAAACGGCGAAAUUUGCUUGAAUUUGUUCAACGAAUGGGUCGAGACAAACAAUUUGGAAGACUGUGUGCAGGGACUAUUAUUUCUAUUGUACAAUCCAAACUUAGAAGAUCCUCUGAGUCCUUUGUUUGAUCCCGAACAGGACAACGAUUACGAUACAUUUUCUCAAAACGUGAGGCAGUCUUUGGAAGGAGGUGUUGUGGAGGACUUGUCGUUUGAAAGAAAUCUUGUGGAGGAAGAUAAAAACGCAGGCAUAAACGACGAAUCAACCCAGUGUCAGAAAGAGGAUGAAGCCAAGCAAGCUAAUGAAAAUGACACUUUAGUAGGUGAUGAAAAUGCCGACGAAAGUACAACUGAAGGAGCAAAUUCAACAACACCACCAGAAACAGAGUCAGUGAAUAAAGCAAUGGUCAGUGGGAUGGUUGACACAGAAGCAAACAAAGACACUGAUACUUUUGACUCGGGUGAAAAGCUUAAAGAGACUGUAGUAAUAAACGAACGGGAAGUCAUUGUUACAACCGAACCAAACCCAAUUGCAUUUGUGGCUGCAAUCAGAACUGCAAACCCAGAAUUGAAAACUCCCCUAGUAACUGGUAGUACAGAAACAAACGAAGACACAACUGCCAUUUCAAACAGCUUUGAAAUGUGGGAUGAAACUGUAGUUGAUUUUCUGUCAGGUAAAGUUCAUCCAUACAGAACUGAGGACAUUGUUGGGUGCCCUUUGCUCUAAUUACUGUAGAAACCUUGCAUUUGUGAAUGCAGUUAUCUUGUUACUG